AUGACAGUUUACACAACCAAGCAAGGGAAAGGACAUGUGCAGUGCUAUCCUUUUCAAGACCCACCAGUUACUUUGCGCACCAGUGACAGUAUUCUAGAGAAUGUCCUGUCUGCAGUGAAAAAUAAUACAAGAGUGAAAGGAUUUUAUGAUGUUACCCCACUGGUAAAGUUCCUUUGGUUUGACCUCGUGCUUGGUAUAGUCCUUGACUACAUGCAUGGUGUGUUACUCAGAGUAACCAAACAAUUCCUGAACCUCUGGUUGCCCCCAUCAAGAUAUAAAAAGCCUUGGUUUAUCGGUAACAAAACAAAAGCCAUUGAUAAAAGACUAAAGUACAUGGAGCCUCCUAAUUUUAUUCAGACUUCCAAGAGAACUGGAGACAAGUUGUGCCUAUUUUAA